AUGCCUCAGCAUACACGUCGUGGCAACGACGACUUCAAGUUUGACCUCGCGGCGCCGGCAGGGUGGUCUUACGCACCAGGCGACACCAUCAUCGGCAACUUGAUGCGCAAAACGCCAAUCGUCACACCAGAUGCGACUAUUGUAUUCUCAUUUGAGGGGCGCUCGGAGGUCAAAAUUACUCAGCCCUCUAGAAAUAUCUCUAGAAAUACUUCUAGAAAUACCUCUGUAUACCGCGAUAACUGGCCGAUUUGCAAAUCGCAACCAUUCACCGUCCACAAAGGACCUUUGCACUUGGCCCCGGGGAGCGAUGAAGUUUUGAGCUGGCCAUUCUCCCUGAAUAUUCCAUUAAAACCCAUGGCAACAGGCCCGGGGUCCAAUAUCGACCCUAGGCGUACCUUUCUUCCAAGAGAUACAUCCCACCCAGCCCAUCAAACUCUGCCAGGUUCAUUUGCGGCGGCAAGCAAGUCUUUCAUGAGUGAUCGCGAGUCACUUGACUUCGUCGAAUACUAUCUGACGGCACACCUCCGAUAUAUGCAUGGAGGAAGUUAUCAGACCUGUGAAGCAAUCUACCCUAUUUCCAUACGGCAGUCGAUGCCUUCAGUCCAUCGACUCGGCGUUCCCGUUACAGUUACCAGCCAAAGGCUCAUCUCCAGCCAGCGACUUCUCCCCGGAAUGGAAAAUGCAGGUUUAUCUUUUAAACAGCAUGCACAAAGGUUUUUUGGCUCCUCUAAAGUGCCCCAGUUCUCUUGUACAUUUCGCUUAACUGUGCCUGUGUCUAUUCAACUGGACGAUCCGACUCCACUGCAGGUGCAGCUCGAGAUUAUGCCAAAUCUCGAGAGAUCAAGUGACGCCAUCAAAGAUACCGCACAAAACAUCGCAGUUUUACGCCUUCAAGUCGUUCUCAGAAGCCAGACGGCUGACCGUGCGCUGUCAAGCGCCUUCGGCAUAGAGCACUCAAAUAGUUUCGACCAAACAGAUCGCCGGGAUUUUCCAUUCAGCCCCCCAUUGGUGAUCACUACGGGGAAGAAGAGCGAGCCAUUACAUCUUGGCAACCAGCUUCAACUCAUUCUUACCUCACACGGUCUUCAAUGUGGAAGCCAAAGGACUCGCCAGACUCCUGGUCCACAUCCCUCCUUCAUCUACCCCGAUAUCAUCACACAUAAUAUUCGACAUACUCAUACCAUGGACUGGAGAAUCGAUGUAAAAAUCGCCGGCGAAACAGAGACUGAAAGAUUCUCAACGCGUGUACACAUUAUCGGGCCCGCAUAA